AUGAUGUCUCCGCGCCAUGUAUUACUGCGGACCCGACCCCGGAGCAUUGGGAGACAGGCAUUCUUCAGCACGUCGCUGGGACGACGGUCAUAUGAGGAUACGAUUUCGAAUCUAAAGAUUGGGAAGGAUACGAGGGUUAUUUUUCAGGGAUUUACUGGGAGACAGGCUACUGCAAAUGCGAGGGAGUCUAUAGAAUGGGGCACCAAUAUAGUGGGCGGUGUUACGCCGGGAAAGAAUGGGGAGCAUCUUGGAUUGCCUGUCUUGCCUACUGUUCGAGAGGCAAUGGAGAAACUGAAGCCAGAUGCAACUGGGAUUUAUGUUGCGGCUCACCAAGCCACUGCGGCCAUUGAAGAAGCUAUCGAGGCAGAAGUUCCUCUUAUCGUCGCGGUCGCAGAGCAUAUUCCAAUUCAUGACAUCCUUAGACUACGAAGGCAAGCAUUUAUUCCCGAUGCCUAUUCAUUUAUUAAUAGCCAAGCAGCCGUGGCCUCUACAACAAGGGCUGGACUCGGGCAAAGCUUAUGUAUAGCCGUGGGAGGUGACGUUAUCCCUGGCACAAACUUUGUUGAUGCCUUGAAUAUUUUUGAGCACGACAAUGACACGGAGGGCAUCGUGUUAAUCGGGGAGAUUGGUGGAGAGGCAGAAAUGGAUGCUGCUGAUUGGAUUGCCGACUAUCGGCGACGCUCGCCCAACCCUAAACCAAUCGCAGCUAUUAUUGGGGGAAUUCACGCUGCUCCUGGCCGCGUUAUGGGUCACGCGGGAGCGUUCACUCUGCCAGGAGAGCCCGAUGCAUUGACCAAGAUCAAGCGCCUUGAAGAAGCAGGUGCCACUAUUGUUAAUCACCCAGAGAAGUUCGGAGAUGCCAUGAAGAUCUUACUUGGAAGGUCUGGGCGGGCCAGCAGUGGUUUCGCUACCACAGGAGCCUCGCAACGGAGAAGCAUGCAUACUAUGAGAAGAACAAGACCCGCAUUAAGAGCUCCAACCUCACAUCUAGCAAAUAUUACGCAGAAGCGUAACCUUCACAUCAGGGAGGAAUUUGCUCUUGAUCUUCUUCGGGAAAAUGGCAUUGAUGCCGCCAAAACAGGAGGGGAAGGCCGAAAACGCAUGCUUGCUGUAGCUGUAGACCGGGCGAAUCGAUCACCAUGCAUCAUUGCCUCACCAAUGACUGAUCCAGAGAACCUAGAAGUCGAAGCAAAGAAAUUCCCAUUCGAUUACAGGAAAGGCUUGGAGGGCAGCCAUAUCGGAGCAAUUGCCGAGCACCUACAGCUGAAAAAUGGAGCGCUGAAUGCUUUGCCCAAAUUACUCGACACUUUGGUGGACAUGUACAUCAAGAAAGAGGCUUUCUUGCUCGAAACGGUCUUCGUUGAACAACUGGGUGGGCUGAAGGUUAUAGGCGCAAAUUUUGGCUUCGACGAUGCCGCAUUUCGGAGUUCCAAACGCCAAGCGGACAUCCAUGCGCUUCGGCGCUUGGAAGAUGAAGAUCCUCAAGAAAUUGAGGCAGAAAGAGAUGGAAUCGUCUAUAUAAAGCUCGCCGGGGAUGGAAAUAUCGGCACUCUUGUCAACGGUGCAGGACUUGCCAUGAAUACGGUGGAUGCAUUGGCGGAUGCUGGCGGCAAAGCUGCCAAUUUCUUGGAUACUGGGGGCAAGGCAACGAGCGAGACAGUGAAGAAGAGUUUUCAACUUAUCUUACAAGACUCGCGAGUCAAGGUGAUUUUUGUAAACAUCUUCGGAGGCCUGACGCUCGGCGACAUGAUUGCAAAUGGCAUUCUGAUGGCUUUCAAAGAACUUGAUAUGCGGUUGCCGGUGGUGGUUAGAAUUCGCGGGACGAACGAAAAGGAGGGACAGAAGAUUAUUGCUGAAUCUGGGCUGCCGCUGUUUGCCUUCGACGACUUCGAGGAGGCUGCGGCGAAGGUACUGGAGUUGGCGAAUAAGGGGUGA